AUGUCUGAAAGCGAAGUAAAAGCCAAAAGCAAGUCAAUGUUGCAAAUAAAGAGUCACUCAGGCAUCAGAUCACAGAUGGGUUUGCCAAAUAGGUCUGGGAGUCGAUUGAAAGUUAGAAGACAGUCUUAUGGUUUCUCUGGAGUACCUGGAAUAAGACCCGUGGAGCGGACAUCACAGAUUGCAAUCGAAUUUAAACGUCCGCCAUUAACUCAUCUUCCGACCUAUCAAUUAGAGCCUUCGUACCGGUUCCAUGUUCCUCUCGUGAAAAAAAUAUCUGAAGAGUUGCUGGACGAACAUUUUACUGGACAUAAGUACAAUAUACAGGAAUCCCCUGCACUAGCACUUCGUUUAGCCGGUGAACUUAUGCGCAAGAUAAAAGCACUUCAAUUUAAUCGUUACCGUAUCAUUACUGUUGUGACUAUCGGUCAAAGGCGAGCCCAGAGCUAUAACAACGCUAUUUCUUUUCUUUGGGAUCACGAAAGAGACAGUUAUGUUGACCUUCAGAGAGAGGUCAAUAGUGCGUUUAUUCAAGUUACAACCUUUGGAGUAUAUUUAGAUUAAAUGGCUUGAUAAUAACUCGUAUUAUAUUGACGUACAUUAAAGCUUUGAAAUACCGUUCAUAAA